GGCAGGGAUUUGUCCGCUCUUCAGGAUUUUCCUCAUCUUGUGUCACAAGAAAUGAAUUUAGAUAUUUGCAAGGAACCCACCGUGGAGGAGAUUAAAGAAGCUGUGUUUGAUCUUGGGCCCACAAAAUCACCCGGUCCAGACGGUUUUGCAGGGAGCUUUUUUCGAAAUUUUUGGGGUAAGAUUGGCCCAGAUUUCUGUAAGGAAGUGCAGGUGUUCUUUGAGACUUCAAUCAUGCCUGACGGGUGGAACGAUACCCACAUCGCCCUCAUUCCGAAAGUCCAAUCACCGGAAUCUAUUAAACAGUUCAGGCCGAUAAGUUGUUGCAACUUUCGGUACAAAGUCAUAUAAAAAAUUCUUUCAAGCCGAAUGAAGAAAUGGCUGCCUGGACUAGUCUCGGAAAUGCAGGCGGCCUUCACUGGAGGUAGACUAAUACAGGACAACAUCAUUAUCGUUCAUGAAAUCCUCCAUCAUUUCAAGACCAGAAGGAGUGGGAAUUGGGACAUGAUGAUAAAAUUAGACAUGCGUAAAGCAUAUGAUCUUGUGGACUGGGAGUGUUUGGAUGCUAUCCUUCUUGCUUAUGGAUUUGCUGAUAAAUGGAGAGGAUGGAUAAGAUCUUGUGUUCAAACUGUCAGAUUCUCAUUAUUAAUGAAUGGGAGCCCUACAGAGAAGUUUCAACCUUCGAGAGGUAUUCGACAAGGGGAUCCGAUUUCUCCUUUCUUGUUCAUCCUCAUGUCGAAUGCAUUAUCUUUCUUGAUCGAUAAAGCAGUUGAUAAGGGUGAAAUUCAAGGUAUCAAGCUCAAUCCUAACUGUCCUAGGAUCUCACAUUGCUUAUUUGCCGAUGAUACUGUUAUAUUUGGAAAAGCAAGUGUCAAAGAGGUCGAUCAUAUUCAGAGGAUCCUAAUGAACUAUGGAGGAAUUACAGGGCAAGAGAUUAAUGCCGAUAAGUCCUCGAUCUUUUUCAAUAAGAACACGCCGGAUGCGCUCAAAGGUAUUAUCACAAAUAAACUGGGGUUCUCGCCUUCUAUUUGUCACGACAAGUACCUGGGAGUUCCCUCGGUUUGGGGGCGGUCUAAGAAGGAAACUUUUCUUUUCCUACUUGAAAGGAUGGAAAAGAAGGGUGAUUCAUGGAAGAGUUUACUCUUAUCUCCGGGAGGAAAGGAGGUUCUUUUGAAGGCAGUGAUUCAGGCUAUUCCGACUUAUCUUAUGAGUAUUUUCCUUCUGCCCCUUUCCCUGACUAACAAGAUGGAUUCGCUGCUUAAGAGGUUCUUCUGGGCGGGUUCUAUGAAGAAGAAAUCUAUCCAUUGGUGCGAUGCAAGAACUCUAGAGAAACCAAAAGAGGAAGGGGGUCUAGGAUUUAAAAAUUUCCAUCUCUUCAAUGUUGCCUUGAUAGGCAAGCAAGUCUGGAGGAUUUUGGAGAAUCUGGAUGCUCUUUGGGUUCGGCUUCUCAAAGGGCUUUAUUUUGGUGAUGGGGAUUUCUUCUCGGCCUCUAAAGGAAGGAAUGGGUCAUGGAUUUGGAGUGGACUCUGCGACACAAAAGAAAAACUCAAGAUGGGUUUGGUUAAAAGUAUCAUGUCAGGUAAUGAUACCCUGUUUAAUUCUGACCCUUGGCUUCUUUCUGCCCCUUCGUUUUCCUUGUCUUCUCUAGGUCUGAACCAGUCCAAGGUGAGCGAUUGGAUUCAUCAACAUGAUAGAAAGUGGAAGAAGGAGAGCCUGUAUGAGGUGGUUCCUGAAGGAGUGGUUGAUGAUAUCCUGCGCAUCCCGAUUGGUCCUCAGAAGGCAGCAGACAAGUGGAUUUGGAAGUUUUCUAAUACUGGAGCUUACUCUGUGAAAUCCGCGUACAGAGCUCUCAGAGAUAAUAGGGACCUUCACUUGCAGUCAACGUCAUCAAAUGACAUACGACCUAAUAGCGAAGACUGGAAGUGGCUUUGGUCCCUGUCUCUCCCUCCGAAGUUGCGUUUCUUCAUAUGGAAGAUUGCAAAGGGUGCUAUUGCCACUAAAUCUAGGCUUUUUGAUCGAAAGUGUGCUCCAAGCCCUUGUUGCUCCAUCUGCAAUCAUCAUGUUGAGUCCAUCCAUCAUUGCUUCUUCAAGUGCCCUCAUGCUGCAUCUACGUGGGAACAUUUGGGUCCUUCUUCGUUCCUCCUGCAGGAGGACUGUUCGUUCUCGGAUUGGUUCUUCAGGCUUAAGGACAGUUUUUUGGUGGAUUUCAUCAAGAGAAGCGUGUGCAUCUUGUGGAACAUAUGGAUUGCUAGGAAUGGCUUUUUAUUCGAGAACAAGGUCAUUUCCCCGACCUCUUCAGCAGUGUUAGCCGAUCGUGAUUUCCAGACCAUUGAGGAAGCAAGAAAUUUCAUUUCUCGCCCUACUUCUUUGAGAUCAGCUACAUUGCAAUCUCAGCCAAGGGGAUCCCGCUCUCAUCCUUCACCACCGCCUGGUUCUUUUCAGAGGAUUGUGCACUGUGAUGGUUCUUUUUGUGCAGAAUCACGGGAGGCGGCUUAUGGGAUUACUAUUGCUAAUGCCCAUGGUCAAGUGUUGGACGGAAAGUCUUUUGUUCCUAUCCUAUUCAAGCGGAAGCUUAUGCAAUUCUUAAUGCUGUCUUAAGUGCAUCUCGGGAUGUUUGCCAGACGUGUAUCAGGUCUGAUUGUCAGAUUCUGAUCCUCGCCUUAAGGCGUACUCCUGAUCGAUGGCCUUGGCAAUGUCGACCAAUCUUGGCACGCAUCAUUUCUCUCCUCCAAUUGGCUCCCUGGAUCAAGGUGAUGUUUAUCCCCAGGCGUCUCAAUGGUCUUGCGGAUUGGGUGGCGAGGAAUGAGCGUUUGGGAGCUCUUCCUGUGGAUUGGUUGACUGUUGCUGAGCUUGUUUCUCCUUUGCUGUAAGAAUGUACUUGGUUUCCGUUGAUGGGUUAAGGAAUAAAAGCAGUUUCUAUUC